GCGGCGGCGGCGGCGGCGGCGGCGGGGAGACGGGCGCGGGCGGAGGACACGGGCUGAACGGGAGCGCACCGGCCAUGGCCUCCAAGUGCCCCAAGUGCGACAAGACCGUGUACUUCGGACUUUCCCGGGGGUGGGGUGACAAGCGAGUCCCCACAAGCAGGAGAGGACGCUGGAGCCCAGGUGGCCAGGCCCCCUGCUUCCUCAAGGUCAGAACAGUGGCAUUCAGGAGGAGGUAGCUGGGUAGGAGGGGGUCCUCUCUGCCAGGAUGCCCCCUGGGUUGGCAGCACCUGCCCGCCCCCCCCAGCACUGGCUCACCCACACUCUGGCGCUCUGACCCUGUUGUCUGGCUCACCCACUCUCGCUCAUCCUGGCUGAUCCGACUUUGCCAGGGCGGCGAAGUCCCUGCCCACCGAGCCUCCCACCAACGCCCACACAGACAGACUUGGUGGCACAAGCCAGGAUGGCCAGAAGGGCAGGGAGAGACAGGGACAGACGGGGGAUCCGAUCCUUCUGUUGUCAUCCUAAGGGCAGUGGUCCGGGUCUGGACUGGGGACAGGCCGAGGUGAAGAUGGCCACUUGGCUUCCCAGCAGGCCAGAGCUCGAGGAGGAGGCCGGAGGAGGCCGACGUUGUUUGCUGUUCCCAGAGGGGAGGGACCGGAUUUGGCCUGGAGUGCUUCUGGGCUGGCUGGAAGCCGAGGGGCUUCCGGAUGCCUCCCCAGGAGUCCGCCCAGCCCUCUGUCCCCAUCCCAGACAGGGCUCAUCCUGUAAGGCUCAGGGUGGGGGCCAGCGCCAGGGUCCUCCUGCCAGCCCCGCUGCCCGCAACUUUGCUCCCAGUUAUGCUAGCUCAGGACCGGGCCGACAGUCCCGUGGACAGCCCGGAAAAGCGCUUCUGCCUGCUUGGGCGGCCGCCGGCUCCCAGCAGAAAACAAAGGCGGCUCAGACUCGGCUGGCUUCUGUCCUGGUCUGGAGGCCCUGGUGGAGGAAAGGGCUGGGGGCCAGACCCUUCCACCCCCCAUCAGGCUUCACCCCAGCAGCCUACCCCCAAUAAGGCUUCACCCCAGCAGCCUACACCCCAAGCGUGUGCACAGUGCAACCUGGGCCAGGAUACCCCAGGGUGACCUCAGGGACACCGAGCCUUUGUGUCCCCAACAACCGUGCAGCCGGGUGAGGGCUGGUUCCCUUCCGAGCCUUUAGGCUCAAUCGAUUCUGCCCUCCCAACUUGGGCCGGUAACGUGUGGCCGUCGACCUGGCCAGUGGAUCUGAGGGUCAUUCCCCUGCCCCCAGGUGGCCACAUCCUACAAACCAGCCAGUGGUUCUGGCAGCCCUGAGCUGCAGCUGCCUCGGCCGCCGCUGGCCAGAAGGAGAACUGGGAGAGGAUCCGAGCCCGCCUUGGGCUCAGCCAGCUCCCAUCUGCCCUGGCAUGGACCUGGGGCGAGGCCUGGCCAGCCUGCGUCCCAGCCUCCUUGGUGGAGUGGCCAGAGGGAUCUAAGCUUGUGCUGCCCCUGGCCGGGGCCAGCAGGUUCCACCAGGGCCGUGGGGAGACAUCGCUCAGGGCUCCGAACCUGGGCCACCAGGGGGACUCACUGCCCUCCAGCAGCACCCACAGGCCACCUGGGGCUCGGGGUGCCCCUGGCCAGGCUCUCUCUCCCUGCUCUGCUGGGGCCCUGGGGGAGGCCUGGCCCAGGUGGGGGCCCCUCUGUGAGGGGGACCAGAGGAGCCACUGGUCCUUGGCCUCUUCUUGGGGCUUGGCCAGAUUCUGCCAAGGUGGAAGGGGGCCAGCCCACCUGACCCCCCUGCUCCCCUCCCCGAUGCCUCUGGCCGGGCCCCUUUCCAGUUGGGAGGAAUUCCAACUCAGCUCCGGCCUUUCUUCCUGCCCUCUCCUCCGCCCUUUUCCUGCUGUGCUCCCCUGGGGAAGCCUCAGCUUCCGUCCACUGGGAGGUGGCCCAGCAGCCCCAGCCUGGGGCAGGGGACAGGGAGGGGCCCCAACGUGACCCUCAGCAGCUGGUCUCAGACCUUGAGUGCCAAAGCAGCAGCCAGAGGCGGGGUGGGGGGGGGGCGCUCAGAGCUUAGGGAGAGGAAGCCAAAUAUAGACAGGCAGGCGUCCUGUCCCACGGGUGUCCCAUGGUGGCGACAGGGACUGGCCUCUCGCAGGGGUUCUGGAGGCUUGGGGCCACCCUUCAGCGGGGGCGCUCUGCCAGCUCCAUUAGGGCCUGAUUGGAGGGUUUGGGGAUGUGUGUGAGGGAGGGGCAGGUGUCCUGGUGAGGGGAUUAGCAGGUGCUUGAGCUGGGACCCCGUCCAAGUUCCCUGCUGCAGCCCGUGACCCAGGGUGAUGAGGGUGCCUGAGACCCAGAGGGAGAGCAGGGCCCCUGGGGAGCAGAAGGUGGUUACGGUGGGGGAGCAGGCAGGUGCCAUGUGGCUCCUGGGUGGGGAUGAAGGGGACCCGGCGCAGAGGCUGCCCAGGAGCGGGCAGGACAGCGGGGGCAGCAGGCGGCUGAGCGCGGGAGGGCAGGAGGGCGCUGGCCCUGACCCCCCUCCCGCCCCAGCUGAGAAGGUGAGCUCCCUGGGCAAAGACUGGCACAGAUUCUGCCUCAGGUGCGAGCACUGCAGCAAGACGCUGACGCCAGGGGGCCACGCCGAGCAUGACGGGAAGCCCUUCUGCCACAAGCCCUGCUAUGCCACGUUGUUCGGACCCAAAGGGGUGAAUAUCGGAGGUGCCGGCUCCUACAUCUACGAGAAGCCCUCUGCCGAGAAACCGCAGGUCACUGGCCCCAUCGAGGUCCCCGUGGCCCGAGCUGAGGAGCGGAAGGCCAGCGGCCCCCCGAAGGGGCCCAGCAAAGCCUCCAGCGUCACCACGUUCACCGGGGAACCCAACAUGUGUCCUCGCUGCAACAAGAGGGUCUACUUUGCCGAGAAGGUGACGUCUCUGGGCAAGGACUGGCACCGGCCGUGCCUGCGCUGUGAGCGCUGCGGGAAGACGCUGACCCCAGGCGGGCAUGCGGAGCACGACGGCCAGCCCUACUGCCACAAGCCCUGCUACGGAAUACUUUUCGGACCCAAGGGGGUGAACACCGGAGCUGUUGGCAGCUACAUCUAUGACAAGGACCCCGAGGGCAAGGUUCAGCCCUAGGCCCGCAGGCCCUUCUGCGGGGCAUUGGCCCGCCUGCGCAGGCCCCUGGCCAGGGGCCCAAUGCUUGGCUACGAGGGGAGAGUGACCGCCGCCCAGUCCCACCUCAGCACCUGCGAGUCCAGGGCCUGCGUGUUGGGGAGGAAGCCCUGAGCUGACUCCAGAGCCCUGCCCACCAACCCUGUCUCUCUGGGUGUGUCUGCCUUUGUGUCCCCAGCCACCCGUCGCCCCCUUUUGUGUCCUCCUGGCCCCCCGUGUCCCCAUGUCUGCAUCUCAUGUCCCACACGUCCCUGAAUGUCCCUGUGGCCUGGGUGGGUCUUUCUGAGGUGGCCGCCCCACGCUCCCCCUCCUGCUGCCCGAGUCCUGCCCACAGUGUUAUUUAUGCUCCCCCUGCCCGUGACAGCCACAGCCACGCCCCUCACAGUGUCCCAAGGGUGGAGGGACAUCCCUGCCAGGAGCCCUCUGCCCGCCUCCCACCCUGCCUCGCAAGCGCCCGCCCGCCGCCCUCACGUGGCUCACAUUCGACUGCUGGGCGUUCUGCUGUCAAUGAAAGGUUUGAGGAUCGCACAA